AUGGAUGAAGGAAAGAACCAACAAAAAUUUGUUGAACAGAAACAGAACAAUAGAUCAAUUAACAGUCACAAUAAGUCGAAACAUUCAACAACAUCAUCAUUAUUUGAAAUAGUUCGUCAAACUACAAAAGCAGAAAGUAGUAAUACAACAAAUCACAGUAAUAAUACACUCACAGACAAAAUGGUUUUUCGCGUUGGAGGACAUAGCAGGUUCGAUGAAGGUGUUGGAUCGUUUUUGGAGAGUUUUGAAGCUGUUGCACAAAAACAUGAUCAUCGAUUACAAAAAAUAAAAAAAGAUGAAGAAAUAGAAAGUCAAAAAGCGGCACCCGAAUAUCGUAUUACAUUUGGUGAAAAACCUCCUGCAUUAACAGAAAAUGAAUAUCAAUUAUUGUACAUCGAAGUACUUUAUACUAUCAAACAUAAAAUUGGUAUAACAACAUCGAAACAUAUUGGAGGUGAAAAUGAUUUGUAUAUGUACGCCCAAGAAGCAUUUGGAAUUAUGGAUGAAGAACAUCAACGAUUAUUAGCAAAAGCCAGUGAAGAAAAACCUCCGAUUCUAAUUUUAAAUAUUGAAAUUGUUGAAGCAAAAGAUUUAGAAGCGAAAGAUGCCAAUGGAUUUUCUGAUCCCUAUUGUAUGUUGGGAAUCGUACCCGAUGAUAAGAAACUAAUUCAAAAUGGUGGUGGAUCAUCGGAUGAAGAGGGUGGCUCCUCGACAACCGAUGGAAAUACUGAUCGAAAACUGGGUUUUAUGAAACGUUUAAAAAGUUUUCGUAAAUCAACGACAAGAAGACGAGAAGGAAGAGAAAAGGGUGUUCCAUCACCAACAAAUGCGCUCAAAGAUAAAUUACCAGCAAAAUAUAUUCAAACAACGGAUGUUAAGAAAACAACGCUCAAUCCAGUAUGGAUGGAAAAAUUUCGAUUUAACAUUGCAAGUGGAAAAACAGAAACAUUUCAUUUGGACAUUUGGGAUCACGAUGAUGAAUUUAGCGUGUUUGAAGCAGCACGCAAACUUAAUCAAGUACAAGGAUUUAAAGGCUUAAAUCGCUAUUUUAAGCAAAUUGCUCAAUCAGCACGAACAGAUCGAGCAGAUGGCUCAAAUGUUGAUGAUUUUUUGGGCUCAGUUAAUUUGAAAAUAACUGAAAUUCCAUCCAUUGGUAUUGAUCGUUGGUUUCAAUUAGAAGGUAGAAGUGAAAAUUCAAAAGUACGAGGACAAAUACAUUUGUGUGCAAAUUUGGCAACACGCGAAGAUAGAGGAGUACCUGAAGAAGAUAAUUGGACAGAUAUUAAACAACAUGUUGAACUAUUACAAAUCUUUAUUGACUAUGAAUUAAACAAAUUUAAGGGUAAAUCAACAGAAUGGAAUGGUGAAUUAAGUCGUGAUGCAGAAACAAUUCUUCAUCAACAUGCUAUUCAAGGUGAUAUAACUGCAAUACAAACACAAAUGUGUCGAUGGACUGCAUACUCUAAAAAACAUCUUGAACAUACAUUAACAUAUAAACUAUUAUUAUCAAUUAUUGAACAACUUGAAAAUAUUUGGCAACCAACAUCAUUGAGUAGAGAUGAAAUUGAUAUGUUAAGAGAAGCAUUUACAUUAUUUAUUAAUCAUUGUUUUAAACAAUUAGCUAAACAUCGAGAAUUAUUUCCGGCAGCAAAUAAAUCAGCCACAGAAAAACUUGAACAAUUAUUAACUAUCAUAUCAAAAUUAUAUAGUAUGGACGUAUUUCGAUAUUGUUGUCCUUUUCAAAAUAGUCUUCAAUAUGAACUCUCAACUAUUAUUAAAGCUGGAACAAUUGAAUGGCUUGAACGAAUGAUAGAAAUAACAAAGCCUCGAGUUCGAUCAGAUGAAGAUACACUUCGUUGUGCCAGUGAAUUGUGCUAUGUGCUUAUUUCUGAUGCUCAUGCAGCUGUAAAAUAUUACAAUCCCAUAUUUGAAGCAACAGUUAAAUUGGCCUAUUAUCAUAUUGCUUUUAAAAAAAUUGAUACUAAGUUAAUGGAUGUCGUUUUAAAAGCAUUAGAAGAAGAGCUCGGAGAACAAGUUCAUUUACCUCCCGAAAAAUUGGUGAUUGAGCCUGAUUCGGCUGAUAUAAUUCAAUUUGCUGCAGCAGCUGAACAAACUGGAUUAUCUUUAUUUGAUCUCUAUCUUGGUUUACAUGAAUUAGUAAAAUAUAAAACUUAUGUUAAUGAGACUGAUCGUCCAAAGUUAAAAAUUGCUUCCUAUUAUAUGUAUUUUGGUGCUGCUAUGAAAAAAUGGUUAUCAAUCGCUCGAAAUAAAGUGACAUAUAGAAUUGAAAAAUCUAUUGAGUUAGAUAAACCUGAAUCAAUAACUCAAUUUACAAAAUUUACAUCAUCAUCUCUCGAUGUAUCGAAUUGUUGUAGUCAAAUAGCACAAUUUUGGAAACGUUUAGCAUGGCCAGAUAUUGUUGGUAGUAUACCAUAUUUAAUUAAAAUUACUGAAGAUAUGGGCCAAGCAACGAUUUUUUAUGCAACUUUAAUUGAAGAAAAACUUCAAAGUAGAGGAUAUUAUGAGAUUACAUCUAUAUUCCAUUAUACACAAGAUUUAUCAUUGGCUGUAAAUAAUAUUGAACGAGUUCGAGAAUCAUUUAAAACUUUGCCCAUUGAAUUAAGUUAUGAUAAAUUAUUAGUUGCAGCUGAAAAAUAUCAUAAUAUUAAUAUUGUUGAAGACUAUCGACGAAAAAUUGAGACAAUCGUCGCUACAUGUAGUGAAGAAAUAGCUGAAAAAAUAUAUAAAAUUUUAAAUAAAGUCGUUCAAUUAAUGGAAAAUGACUUAAAGCAACAUAUAUUUCAUAUGAUUGAAGCACCUGAAGCUGUUCAAAUUCAGGAAACAGUAACACCGUUAAUACAAUAUUUAGAUAAUAAUUUACUUGCAUUUAAAGAUUAUAUGAUCAGGCAUAAUUUCACAAGGUUGUUAGAAAUCGUGUGGAAUGUUAUAUUGGAUCAAAUACUAGCUGAUGUACAAACAGCAUCAACCAGACCACCUUCUUGUUAUCAACGAUUACUCAAAUCAUUAGACACAUCAUUGACCGAAAUCUUUAAUGCUGAUGAUCAUGGAUUACCCAAAGAUAAUUUGAAAAAUGAUAAAUAUAAGGAACAAGAGCGAACAAUAACAAAUGAUUUAGGAAAAAUAAAUUGUCGAGCAUACUAUUAUGCGAAAGAAGAAGCACUUUGCAUUGAAAUUAUUAGUUGUAAAAAUUUAAAACCAUGUGAUUCAAACGGACUGAGUGAUCCAUUUGUCGAAAUUCAGUUAUGUCCAAAUUAUAUGUUUAAUAACUAUAAUAAACAAUCAACAACAAUUAUAAAAAAAAGUCUUAAUCCAGUUUUCAAUGAAAAAGUUGAAUUUCGAGUACCAGAAAAAGAAUGUACCGCUCAAGGAGCAGUUAUUCAGUUUACAGUAAUGGACCAUGAUCUUAUGUGGACUAAUGAUUUUGAAGGUGAAGCAUUCUUGGAAAUAGCCAACUUGCCAGGUGUGAAUAGUGAACUGGGUGAUAGAGGAUUUGAAGAUCUUAAGGAUAUAGAGAUUCCUCUAACACAUCCAAAAGCUAUUAAAAGUCGAAUCAUAGAAAUACUUGAAUUACGUACGUCAGACAAAAUUGCAAUGGAUUUCGUUCGAAAAAGAAGAGAAGCUGAAAACUUAUAA